GAUAUAUUCAGACAAUUUUUCACCAUCAGAUAAGUUGGUAAAAUCAUACAUGCCAUUCAACCCAAAGCUCUCAACGUUACCCCACAAAUUAAAGAAAAAAUCACAACAAUCAGUUCCUUCAAAAAUUAAAAAAAAUGAGCCCAAUAUGGUAACAUCAAAAACAUCCUUAAAGCCUUUGGAAAAAAGUGUUCAAUAUUCAAAAACGGGUUCAAUGAAGAAGGUACCAUUAACAAAACAUACUGGUAAUACCAUUACCUCUGAUUCUAUUUCAUCCAUUUUUGAUAAAACAAAUUUGCACAAACCCCAUUUGCAAAGGUUACAUGAUGAAAUGAAGAGGCAGUUAAAAUGGACAGAAGACAAACAACAAAGCAAAAUUGACACAGUGAGUAAAACUGUCUUGGAUACUUCACUUGUGGGAACCAGUAGCACUGAUAGAAAUAUCUUGAAAAGAGAGAAAAAUAAAAUCAGGAUGCAACUUCUUAGAUCUGAUCCACAGUACAGGAAAGCUGAACAAAAUGCUCAAAGAAUAACACGUUCUCAGUCCCAUGUGAAAAGGAAAAUUCAAAAACACAAACAGUUGAAAAGAUCUGAUCCAGAGUACAAAAAAAACGAACAACAAUCUCAGAGAAUAAAACGUUCUCAGGUCGAUGAGAAGAGCAGAAUUUUAAAGCACAAACAGUUGAAAAGGUCUGAUCCACAGUUUAGGAAGCGCGAACAAGAAUCUCAGAGACUAAAACGUUCUCAGGUUGAUGAGAAGAGCAAAAUUUUAAGGCACAAACAGUUGAAAAGGUCUGAUCCACAGUUUAGGAAGCGCGAACAAGAAUCUCAGAGAAUAAAACGUUCUCAGGUCGAUGAGAAGAGCAAAAUUUUAAAGCACAAACAGUUGAAAAGGUCUGAUCCACAGUUUAGGAAGCGCGAACAAGAAUCUCAGAGAAUAAAACGUUCUCAGGUUGAUGAGAAGAGCAAAAUUUUAAAGCACAAACAGUUAAAAAGGUCUGAUCCACAGUUUAGGAAGCGCGAACAAGAGUCUCAGAGACUAAAACGUUCUCAGGUUGAUGAGAAGAGCAAAAUUCUAAAGCACAAACGGUUGAAAAGGGCUGAUCCACAGUAUAGGAAGCGCGAACAAGAAUCUCAGAGACUAAAAUAUUCUCAGGUCGAUGUGAAGAGCAAAAUUUUAAAGCACAAACAGUUGAAAAGGGCUGAUCCACAGUAUAGGAAAAGUGAACAAAAGUCUCAGAGACUAAAACGUUCUCAGAUCGACGAAAGGAACAAAAUUCUAAAGCACAAACAGUUGAAAAGGGCUGAUCCUGAAUACCAACUGACUGAGAAAAACCAAAAAAGGUUAAAAAGAUCUGAUCCCGAAUUCAGAAAACACGAAAGAAAAUCUGAUUCAGUAGCUAAACGUAAUAAGAGACAGAAAAUCAAUACCAAUCUUCAACAGUUAAUACAACAAUUCCACAAAAAAGUUGCUGAAGGUUGUACUUACACAUGUUGUAUUUGUCAACAACUUUGGUACAGGCAUACUGUGAUAAAUUCAGAGUCUAUCAUGAAUUUGGAGAAUAAUGCAGUUAAACAUUGCAAAGAAACUGGUGAUUUAUUUGACAGUAAUUGGAUAUGUUUAACAUGCGCUUCUUAUUUGAAAAAGAACAAAAUUCCUCCAUGCGCUAUAGUGAAUGGCCUGUCGUUUCCAGAAAAACCCAGCUUCUUGGAUUUAAAACCUUUAGAGUGGAGAUUAACUAGCCCAAGGUUAGUUUUCAUGAAGCUUCAACAAGCUCCACGUGGAAAACAAUACAAAUUAGAAGGAAAUGUUGUAAAUAUACCAGCAGAUGUUACAUCCACUGUAACAAAGUUACCAAGAACUGAGGCAGAUAGCUCUACAAUUAAAGUUCAGCUCAAAAGAAAUGUGAAAUUUAAAAAUUAUGCAUAUGCUCAGAAUGUCNAUCUUUAA